UUCCAUUCUUCAAUCAAUCUCUUUACCUAAUUAUAUAUAUAUAUACACAUCUUUCUCUCUUUCUCAGAAAUCAGAAUUGAGCAAGCGAUUGGAUUUGGAUAACUGAAGGUGAUCAUCAUUUUAGAUAUUAUUAUAAGAAGUUCAUCAAAUAAUUGAUCAGAAAUAUUCGAUGGGGAGCUUUGAAACUGAGCUGAAUCUUAAGGCCACAGAGUUGAGGUUGGGAUUACCCGGCUGUGAUGAAACUCAUGACAAAAGUUCAUCCAGUAGUGGAUCUGUUGUUAGAAGCAACAAGAGAUCUUCACCAGAACCCAGUGUGGAAGAGUCCAGGUGCAACUCUAAUGGUUCUUCAGAUUCUACCACCACAAGUGAUCAUGAUGAAGACAGUGUCCAACCUGCAAAGGUACAAGUAGUGGGGUGGCCACCAAUUAGAUCUUUUAGGAAGAACAGUCUGCAACAACAGAAGAAGGUGGAGCAGCAGGGUGAUGGAAGUGGAACGUAUUUGAAAGUGAGCAUGGCUGGUGCACCUUACUUGAGGAAGAUAGAUCUGAAGGUUUACAAUAGCUACCCAGAACUCCUCAUGGCCUUGCAAAAUUUGUUCAAGUGCACAUUUGGUGAAUAUUCAGAGAGGGAAGGUUACAAUGGAUCUGAAUACGCUCCUACUUAUGAAGACAAGGAUGGUGACUGGAUGCUGGUUGGAGAUGUUCCAUGGAACAUGUUUGUAUCCUCCUGCAAGAGGCUGAAAAUAAUCAAAGGAUCAGAAGCAAAGGGGUUGGGUUGUUUGUGACCAACAAAACUUGCAAAA